GAUUACUGGAAUGUUUUGCAGGGAACUGACCCUCCUUUCUGGGAGUUGUAGUUCACCCACAACCAGAGAAACUGUGACCUCCACCGAUGAUGGACCUGGACCGAACUUGACACAGAGAAGCCCCAUUACCAACUGAACAUAUUACAGGAGUUUGUGGGAACUGACCUUUAUUUUGGGAGUUGUAGUUCACCUGUAUCUAGAGCGCACUGAACCCAGCCAAUGUCGGAUCUGGACAAUCUGGACAAAUGCAGACGCAAAAUGGCCAAAUGAAUACUGGAAGGGUUUGUGGGUGAUUGUCCUGGGAAUCUGGGAGUUGUAGUUCUCCCUUAUCCAGAGAGCACUUUUUUCCGUGUCAGGAGCGACUUGAGAAACUGCAAGUGUGCAAGGAUGUUGCCCACGGGAUGCCUGGAUGUUUGAUGUGGAAGCAGUGGAGAGCAGAACGAAGAGACGCUCAGAGACGUUGUCCCUUCCGUUUACUGGUCACAUUUAUGGAGGCCUCAGAGAUGGGAUGAUGGUGUUGGUUUCGGGAAGCGUUCAACGUUCCUGCAAAAGGUUCCAGAUUGACUUCCAGUGUGGCUCUGCCCCUUCGCCCCGGCCCGACGUUGCUUUCCAUUUCAACGCCCGCUUUGACGAGAGUUGCAUGGUGGGGAAUUCGUUUGAAAGGGGAAAUUGGCAGCAUGAACAGAGGAAGCAAGACAUGCCAUUCCGCAAAGGACAUCCAUUCGAAAUCCGGUUUCUUGUGACCAACGGCUCCUUCAAGGUUGCUGUGGAUGGCAGGCAUGUGUUCGAGUUCAUACAUCGGAUCCCCCUGUAUAGAGUGGAGGCCAUCUCCGUCUCCGGAGGCAUCGAAGUGGCAUCUAUCAACUUCCAAGGCCCUACCAAUCCAGGUUUCCCACCUACUCCAAGUUUCCCACCUACUCCAAGUUUCCCACCUACUCCCAGUUUCCCACCUACUCCAGGUUUCCCGUCUGCUCCAAGUUUCCCAUCUGCUUUUCCCCAAGGGAGUCCCUUUCCGCCUGGAUCAUACUUUCCAUCAAACAUUUAUUCUGUGCCGUAUCGUGGUCAGAUUUUUGGAGGCCUUUCCCCAUCCAAGUGUAUUACAAUCUCGGGAACAGUGUUACCGAAUGCCAACAGGUUCCACGUCAACCUGAAAGCGGGCAACACCACCGCUCUCCAUAUAAACCCCCGGUUCGAUGAGAAUGUGAUUGUUCGAAACUCUAAAAUCAAUGAAUGUUGGGGUUCAGAGGAUCGCCAUCUGGGCAGAGCGAUGCCUUUCUCCCGUGGCCAGCCCUUCACUAUGUGUAUUCUCUGCGAAACGCGGGGCUUCAAAGUGGCUGUGAAUGGGCACCAUCUCUUCGAUUACAGCUACCGUAUUCCCAAUCUUCCGCAGAUCAAUCAGCUCGAGGUGGAGGGCGAUGUCACACUGACCAGCAUUUCUUAAUUUGCACCAAAUUCUAUGUGUAUUUUCCCCCAAGCCCUACUGAUGCUGUGAUUGACAGCUGUCAAUUAACCAGGAUUAUAAAUUUCAAUCAGAGCUCUGCCAUGUAACCCUUUGAAUAAAUGCACCAAGUCUAUACACAUAAUAAAAGUGAAAAUAUGCAUGUA